AUGAAAGGCAAAGGAGAAGCAGAGAGGCGUACCGCCCGUCCCGGCCUGCGGUUCCCCCUCGGCCACAGGCACCCUCUGCUCCUCAAGGGGGAUUACCCCGAGAGGGCCGGGGGCGCCACGCCCGUCUACCCGGCCCCCGUGCUCGAGCACCCGACGGCCGAGAUCCUGGAGCUGGCGGGCAACGCGGCCCGCGACAACAAGAAGACCCGCAUCAUCCCGCGGCACCUGCAGCUGGCCGUCCGCAACGACGAGGAGCUCAACAAGCUGCUGGGCAAGGUCACCAUCGCCCAGGGCGGCGUCCUGCCCAACAUCCAGGCCGUGCUGCUGCCCAAGAAGACCGAGAGCCACCACCAGGCAAGGAUCGGGACUCCCAGUUGCAAAACCCAACCACCGGAAACAGAGGACUCUUCUCAGAGCCACCCUUGCUCGGAAAAAGAACCGACUCCCGCUCUCUCGGCCUAGUGAGUGCACCCUGCGC